GGUCCAGCAGAUACCAGCAAACGUAUGCAAGAUAACCAGUGCAAAACUGCUCACUCCCAGCUCCAUUUGUAACACACGGCCGUGUCCACCUGCCUGCGGUCAGAGCCACAGUUUGUCCACUCGUGCCUGUCCUUUUGCCAAAGGAUGGGGCUGCUCCGGAAGGUUUCCAUCCCCUUGCUAGGACUGGCGCUAGCUUUUUAUUUUUAUUCAGCACCCAAGAAUUUCAAUGAAGAGAUGCUCCGGAGGAAGCGGGUGAUCGUGACGGGAGCCAGCACCGGCAUCGGGGAGCAGAUGGCGUAUCACCUGGCACGCAUGGAGGCUCACCUACUGCUCACGGCACGCACCGAGGCCAAGCUGCAGAAAGUUGUGGAGCAGUGCCUGAAGCUGGGCGCCGCAUCCGCCUACUACAUGAGUGGCUCCAUGGAGGACACCACCUUCGCCGAGAUGGUGGUGAAGGAGGCUGAGAACACCUGGGGAGGCCUCGAUAUGCUCAUCCUAAACCACAUCGGUGAAACCUACUUCAACUACUUCAAUGGGGACGUUAAGGAAGUACGGAAGCUCCUAGAGGUCAACUUCCUCAGCUUCGUGGCGAUGACAGCGUCUGCGCUUCCCAUGCUGAAGGAGAGCGAGGGCAACAUCGUGGUGGUUUCAUCCAUGGCAGGUAAAGUUGGCAGCCCGUUUACCGCUCCCUAUUCUGCAACCAAGUUUGCUUUAGAUGGAUUUUACAGCUCCUUGCGACAUGAAUUCAUCAUGGAGAAGGUUAACGUCUCCAUCACACUCUGCAUCCUGGGCUUCAUCAACACAGAGAGUGCCAUGCGAGCGGUCUCACACGCUAUAAAGGACACACCAGCGCCAAAGGAAGAGUGUGCACUGGAGAUCAUCAAGAGCGGGGCACUGCGCCAGCGGGAGCUGUACUACCCACCCUGGAAGGUGGGCAGCCUGGUCCUCCUCAGGGCUAUCGCCCCUGACUUUGUCGACUCCCUCAUAAUGAGAGGCUACAACUUAGAAAACAUGAGAAGAACAUAGUCCCCAUGGUGGCGAGCAUGCCAGGACACCUUGGCCCAGGCAGGAGGCACUUGGGUGUCAGUCUGGCUGCUUGGGUGCUCUUUUCUUUGCCAUCCCAUGCACUUCCCUAGCAACCCGAGAGGGGAUGCACCACGAGCCCGUAACAUACAGCAUGAAAAUGUACUUUUUAGUAAUUAACUCUUGCAACCUUCUUUUUCUGACCAAGAGGCACUUUGGAGAAGCUCUGGGCAGCAGGAUCUGCUGCCAGGGUCCUGCUUACCAGCAGGCUUCCUUCUCAAUUUCCAGAAACCAUUCCCCCAUAGAAAGCCCCAGAGCCUGCGGUGCUGAGCACUGCGGGAAGCAACCAGAGCCACAGCCCUGAAUGGGGGUUUGGGGCCAAACAGCACAAACACCCAACACGACGAGAGAGUCUUUGCACCAGGAAGUGUCAUGGAUACUUUCUAUUAAUGAUUGGACUCGAUGACCCAGUGGGUCCCUUCCAACCUAGUGAUUCUACGAUUCUAGUGUAAAAAUAAAC